AUGAUUCCUGAAGAGAUUGGCCUCCUUAAUUUUCGCCGGAACCAGAUCACAUGGAGGAUUCCAACUGAGCUUGGCUCUCUAUUGAAGCUCACCUUUUUGUCCCUUCGUCACAACACUCUUACGGGAAUCAUCCCGCCUUCACUUGGAAACCUUUCAUCUCUCACUGUCCUUCGUCUCACGAGUAAUAGGCUUGAAGGCAGCAUCCCAGGAGACCUUGGUCGGUUGGUGAGGUUAAGUAUUCUUGCCAUUGGUGGAAAUGAACUGUCAGGUACGAUUCCACCCCAACUAUACAAUAUCUCCUCUAUUAACCUUUUGGGAGUGGCAGGGAACAAAUUGCAUGGAAAUCUUCCACCAAACUUAGGCCUCACUCUUCCUAAUCUCCAAGAGCUUUACGCCGGACUAAAUCAAUUCACAGGAUCCAUACCGGUUUCAUUAUCCAAUGCUUCAGGGCUUGCAGUUAUUCAGCUUGGUAAUAACAGAAUUAGCGGUUCCGUGCCUAUGAAUUUUGGAAGCCUAAAGGGUCUCAACAGGCUACGUCUAGCCGGCAAUCAGCUCGGACUUGGGAAAGCUCAUGACUUGAAUUUUCUUGAUUCUUUGACCAAUUGCAGUAGCUUGCGAAAACUGUCAAUAGCCAAUAACCGUCUCAGUGGUGUGUUGCCCAAUUCCAUGGCUAAUCUUUUGACCCAACUGACACGGCUGAAUAUUGGAGGUAACAGGAUAUUCGGAAACAUCCCAUCUGGGAUUCAGAAUCUUGUUGGACUAACAGCACUGAUAAUGGGACAGAACUUUCUAACAGGUAAUAUUCCUAUUGGUGUUGGGAAGCUUAACAAGGUGGAGGAACUUUACUUGCAAAGAAAUGAAUUAUCAGGGCAAAUUCCAUCUUCUUUGGGCAACUUCUCCCGACUGUAUAAACUCGUUUUAUACGAAAAUAAUCUAAUAGGGAGCAUACCUUCAAGCCUCGGAAAUUGUACAUACAUGCAGUUCAUAUACCUCCAAAAUAAUAAUCUUAGUGGUAGCUUACCCAAACUGCUUUUCAGCUUUACCUCUUUAAUUGAACUCCAUGUUGAAAACAACUUUUUUACCGGUAAUCUGCCAGUGGAAACCGGCAACUUGCAAAGUCUCCAGACACUGAAUGUUGCUAAUAACAAUUUGUCGGGAGAAAUUCCAAGCUUGCUAGGCAAUUGUCUUAGCCUAGAGUAUCUCUGGUUGGAUGGGAACUUCUUUCAGGGAUCAAUUCCUUCAGCAUUUAGUACUCUAAGAGGCCUUCAAUCCCUGGAUCUUUCAUGUAACAUCUUGUCUGGAAAGAUUCCACAAUACCUGGAGAAUCUUUCUGCAUUGCAGUAUUUAAAUUUAUCUUUCAACAAUUUCGAGGGUGAAUUACCAAAACAAGGGGUCUUUGGAAAUGCCAGUCAAAUUUCAGUACUCGGAAAUAGUAAGCUUUGUGGGGGUAUUCAAGAGUUGCAAUUGCCAGCAUGCUUUCGCCAAGCUUCCAAGAAAGGGGGAAUAUCUCUUGCUUCAAAAGUGAAAAUCUCGAUAAUUAGUGUUGUCAUGUGUCUUAUUUCACUACCAUGUUCCUUUACCACUCUUUAUUGGGUAAGAAAGUCAAGAAGGAAACCCUUCGAUGUGCCUUCUAUGGAGGAUUCUUUCAUGAAUGUGUCAUAUGCAGAGCUCUAUAAAGCGACAGAUGGCUUCUCUUCUGCAAAUUUGAUUGGCAGUGGAAGUUUCGGUUUUGUAUAUAAAGGAAACCUAGAUCGAGAUGGAAUUGUUAUUGCAGUGAAAGUCCUUAACCUUCAGCAGCAAGGAGCUAUGAGGAGCUUUAUGGCCGAAUGUGAAGCCUUGGGAAAUGUUAGGCAUCGGAAUCUUAUUAAAAUCUUAACUUGUUGCUCAAGCAUUGGUUUUAAGGGCAAUGAAUUCAUGGCUUUAGUUUUUGAGUACAUGCCCAAUGGAAGUCUAAGUAAGUGGCUGCACAGAGAUGGGCAUGAUCAGUUGGGGAGGAAUUUAAACUUUAUUCAAAGGCUAAAUAUAGCUAUUGAUGUGGCUAAUGCACUGGAUUAUCUACAUCACCAUUGCUAA